ACGUUCUUCCGUGAGUCAACGACGUGCAGGUCAUCCACAGGCUGUGGAGAGUGCCAACAUGGUGGAUUUCGUUUUGUUCUGCUGUUGGCAGGAACGGCAGGCGUCGAGUAGAGGCGAAGAAAAAAAGAAGGCACCAAGUGAGGAAGAAGAAGCCAUGAAUAGCAAUCGAUUUCCUUCUUCAAAGGGGACAAUGGAUGAGAAUUUAGUAAAGAAAGGACGUGCUCGCCUUAAAGCUCGGAGGUUUUCGCGGCUUCAAGAAGUCCCGCGAGCGAUGUCAUCCCUUUCUCCCUGCAAUUCGAUCUCAAUGCUCACCUAUUCUUUCCGGCGGACGCACUGGAUGGUUGCUCCCCGAUGAAGCUCGGGGCAUUGCUCAAAUUGCCGAUUGGCGAUGCGCGCGCGAGUUGCCGAGGCGAAGACGGGGCAUGCCAAGGAAUGACCGGCUCGGACACGGACGCCGAUAUGGCUAAGAGGCGGUCAGAAGUGAUCGAGUGGCUCAACAGUUUGUUCCCCGGCCUCGACAUACCGGUCGACGCGUUGGAGGAGGAACUCAGAGCGCGGUUGCUCGACGGAGCUCUCUUGUGUGGCAUCCUCAAGAGGUUUAAUCCAGACUACUCGGGGGAGAUCAGGACGGAGAACCGUUCAGAAAACAUAAGGAAAUUUAUUGCUGCUGUUGAACAGGCGGGACUGCCCAGUUUCAAGGUUUCAGACUUAGAACAGGGACCAGCGUCUGCAGUAGUGUACUGCCUUUGGUCUCUUAAGGAUCACCUCACGUCCGACACUGGAGAAAACAGGGAUCUGAACUCUCCGGCGAGGAGCGUAGGUGAGGCAAGAAUAGUAAGGUGGAAAUCUCUGGAGAGCAGGAUUGACGCUCUAAGAGGGGAUACCACCUUAAACGGGCAAAGUUCUGCUAUCUUUGGAGAGGAGAGAAGACACAGCUUUCAUGACUCGAGGUUACAACGCCGCCUGCGAAGUCCCAUCAUGUCUGAGCCAUCAACUCCCCCAACUCAUCAUGUUGGGCAUAAAUUCCAUGAGGUUUUCCAGCUAAAACAAGGGCGUUAUUAUGAUCUUCCUGCGGCUAAGAUCUCGGAGAUGAUGAAAUCAAACAGUUUAGAUAAUGCCCCCACUCAGUCUCUUCUAAGCGUUGUAAACGGAAUUCUCGAGGAAAGUAUCGAGAGGAAAAAUGGAGAAAUACCUCAGCGAGUAGCAUGCUUGCUGAGAAAAGUUGUGCAAGAGAUCGAACGGCGUAUUUCAACUCAGGCAGAGCACAUACGAAAUCAAAACAAUCUCAUAAAAGCGCGCGAGGAGAAGUACCAGUCGAGGAUUAGAGUGCUUGAAACGCUAGCCAAUGGUACACCUGAUGAAACACAGAUAGUUAUGAACCAGCUUCAGCUGCUUAAGACAGAGAAGCACAAGAUCGAAGAGAGAAGCAAAGUUGGUGAAGAAGACAUGGUUAAGCUGACGAAGGAGAAGGAAAAGAGUGACAAGAUAAUUUCAGAUCUUACCCAAGAGUUGGAAACCAUAAAAAGGACGUACGAAGAUCAGACGUACGGAGAUCAGUUUCAGCAAAUGGAUACAAAGGCAAAGGAAUACCAAAUUGAAUUGGAGGAGAAGCUAAAGGAUGCCGAAUCCGUUUUGGCCGAAUCGCAGAGGAGAAUACAGGAGCUAGAGACAGAUUCAGAAUCCAAUUUUCAGAACUGGAACCAAAAGGAACAUGUUUUCGAAAGCUUCGUAGAUCUACAAAUGCAGUCGGUGCAGGAAUUGAGGUCGUCUUCCAACUCCAUCAAGAAAGAAGUGAAGGUUUCACAGAAGAGAUGGUUCGAAGAAUUGAACAGCUUUGGGCAACAGCUGAAGGUACUGACUGACGCAGUAGAGAACUACCAUGCCGUCCUUGCAGAAAACAGGAGAUUGUACAACGAGGUCCAGGAGCUAAAAGGAAAUAUCAGAGUUUACUGUCGGAUAAGGCCAUUCCUUCCUGGGGAGAAUAGAAAACAGUCCACCAUAGAUCACAUUGGUGAGCACGGUGAGCUUCUUAUUGUGAAUCCCUCCAAGCCCGGAAAAGAUGGACAGCGAAUGUUCAAGUUCAACAAGGUCUUCGGUUCAACCGCCACUCAAGAGCAAGUCUUCUUGGACACUCGGCCUUUAGUUCGAUCAGUUCUUGAUGGCUAUAAUGUAUGCAUUUUUGCAUAUGGUCAGACUGGAUCAGGAAAAACCUACACCAUGACUGGACCGGAAUCAGCAACCGAGAAGGAAUGGGGUGUCAAUUAUCGAGCUCUGAACGACCUCUUUCAGAUAUCUCUAAGUAGGAGAGACACAUAUCUGUAUGAAGUGGGUGUUCAGAUGGUUGAAAUAUACAAUGAGCAAGUGCGUGAUCUGCUCGGACAUGGCAGCUCACAGAAGAAGCUUGGAGUUCUGACUACAUCCCAGCCAAAUGGGCUUGCCGUCCCCGAUGCGAGUAUGCUUCCUGUCAAAGCUACUUCUGAUGUGCUGGACCUGAUGCAGAUAGGACAUGGAAACAGGGCUGUGAGUGCCACUACUCUCAAUGAAAGAAGUAGCCGGUCGCACAGCAUUCUGACGGUUCAUGUUCGAGGAACGGAUCUGAAAACUGGAACCACCUUGCGAGGCUCUCUUCAUCUGGUAGAUCUCGCUGGAAGUGAGAGAGUUGACCGUUCCGAGGUGACUGGAGAUAGGCUCAAGGAAGCGCAACACAUCAACAAAUCUCUGUCGGCUCUCGGAGAUGUCAUAUUUGCUCUGUCGCAAAAGACCGCUCAUGUGCCGUACAGAAACAGCAAACUAACUCAAGUACUGCAAAGUUCUUUGGGUGGACACGCCAAGACUCUGAUGUUUGUACAGAUAAAUCCCGAUACAGGGUCUUUCUCCGAGAGUCUGAGUACCUUAAAGUUUGCUGAGAGGGUUUCCGGGGUGGAGCUGGGUGCUGCAAAGAGUCAAAAGGAAGGGAAAGAUAUCAGAGAUUUGAUGGAACAGGUGGCAUCACUCAAAGAUACUAUUGCAAGGAAAGAUGAGGAGAUUGAACAGCUCCAACAGACGAAAGACAUCAGAUCAAAACAUAGUAACAGCCCACUGAAGCAUUCAUCCUCCACGAAUUCAGUGGUAGGUCAAGAACGGAUGUCAUCUGUAGGAAGGGCAAUGGCUGCUAAUAAGGUGGGUGCAGAUCAUGAGAACUGGUCAGAGCACAGUGGCGAGGUUUCUGAAUCUGGUUCUCACCAGUCCGCAGAUGACAGAAGGCAGCAGAAGGAGCACAGCCAUCCAAAGCUCAGUGGAGAAGCAGCAGAGCAGAGUUCUGCGGACCCUGAGCUUUUGGGCUUCGGUGACGCAGACUCCGAGGAACGAUUGAGUGACAUAUCGGAUGGUGGCCUCUCCAUGGGAACCGAAACCGAUGGUUCGAUCGGCAGCCUCGUCGAGUAUAAUCUCUUCCCGGAACAAGCCAAAUCAUCAGAAACCACCAAAGCGCCUAAAACUCCGACGCGAGUGGCGGCGAAGGCAACGUCUUCGAGGACUGCCCAAGUGCCAGCGUCCCGAACAAGAUCAAGAGACAUGUUGAAGUCCCCAAGUCUAAAGAAAAGCACAAGUCAAGUGGCAAUCUCUUCAUCCAGGACCUCAAAGGUUGUAGGGAAAGCACAGGUCAAGUGAGAGAGCCCUGGUCGCAGCCUUCGUCGAAUCGCUGGCAGCGGAGCGAGUGGUGGCUCUCAACCUUCGUCAAUGCGUUUUGCUUGUACAAUUUUGCAAUAGCAGUUAUGAAUGGCGGUGAAGAAGCAACCUUGUCUUUGUUUAUAUUUAUGUUACUCUAUAGAUUUCUCUGUAAUGGUGGAAGGGGUAUCUAUCACCUUCUAUUUGUUUAUAUUUGUGUUACUCUAUAGAUUUCUCUGUAAUGGUGGAAGGGGUAUCAUAUUGAUG